GGAGGCUGGAAAGGCAGUGAGGGGAGGGGCGCUUACUGGGCAGUCCAAAGUGAAGGGGGCCUUUAAUAGGCUCGCCCAGCGCCUAGUUUGCUGCACCGCGAGUAGCUGCGGUUCGCUAAGCAGCCCGCCACCUCGCGCCACUUCUCCACGGCAAAUUUUCGCCUGUGCACUUGACAGCGAUCGCACUAAAGCUCCCAGAGCGCGUUUUGCUUAGGGAGGAACAGGUAGGAGGCGCGGGCUGCCCUGUGCACGCUCGCUGCUUUGGAAGGCGUCUCCCCGACUUGGUUGGCUGUCCUUUCUGGUAACUGCCCAUUGUCCCGGGCGUUGGCGUGUGGGCUACAAGGGGACAGUGCUUGCCCUAGGAACCGGGCUAAGCCCCACCGCAGAGCGCGGCUGUGCGCGGCUCGGCGCCAUGCUUCUAUUGGGCAUCUCAAUCCUGUCUCUCGCCUGGCGACCUGCUGGCAGCUCCGAGCCGGAGUGGGAGGUGGUCGUUCCGAUCCGACGGGACCCGGACAUCAAUGGCCGCCACUACUACAGGAGGGGUACGGAGGACUCCGGGGAUCAGGGUCUCAUUUUUCAGAUCACAGCUUUUCAGCAGGACUUUUACCUACACCUGACACCGGACACCCAGUUCCUGGCUCCCGCCUUUGCUACGGAGUAUCUAGGUGUCCCCCUUCAGAGGCUCGCUGGCAGCUCCCUAGACCUGCGACGCUGUUUUUAUUCUGGGUAUGUGAACGCGGAGCCAGACUCCUUUGCAGCCGUGAGCCUGUGCGGGGGUCUCCGCGGAGCCUUCGGCUACCGGGGCGCGGAGUAUGUCAUUAGCCCUCUGCCCAACGCCAGCGCGCCAGCGGCGCAGCGUCACAGCCAGGGCGCACACCUUCUCCAGCGCCGGGGUGCUCCCAUAGGGCCUUCCGGAGACCCCACCUCUCGUUGCGGGGUGGCCUCGGGCUGGAACCCCGCCAUCUUGAGGGCCCUGGACCCUUACAAGCCACGGAGGACGGGCGUGGGGGAGAGCCAUAGCCGGCGCAGGUCUGGGCGCGCCAAGCGCUUCGUGUCUAUACCACGGUAUGUGGAGACACUGGUGGUGGCAGAUGAGUCAAUGGUCAAGUUUCACGGCGCGGACUUGGAACACUAUCUGCUGACGCUGCUGGCCACGGCAGCGCGACUCUACCGCCACCCCAGCAUCCUCAACCCCAUCAACAUCGUUGUGGUCAAGGUGUUACUCCUAGGAGACCGUGACACUGGGCCCAAGGUCACAGGCAACGCGGCCCUGACUCUGCGCAACUUCUGUGCCUGGCAGAAAAAGCUGAACAAAGUGAGCGACAAACACCCCGAGUACUGGGACACAGCCAUCCUCUUCACCAGGCAGGACCUCUGCGGGGCUACCACCUGCGACACGUUGGGCAUGGCGGAUGUGGGCACCAUGUGUGACCCCAAGAGAAGCUGCUCUGUCAUCGAGGACGAUGGGCUGCCAUCAGCCUUCACCACUGCCCAUGAGCUGGGCCAUGUGUUCAACAUGCCUCACGAUAAUGUGAAGGUGUGUGAAGAGGUGUUUGGGAAGCUCAGAGCCAACCAUAUGAUGUCUCCGACACUCAUCCAGAUUGACCGUGCCAACCCCUGGUCAGCCUGUAGCGCUGCCAUCAUCACUGAUUUCCUGGACAGCGGGCAUGGUGACUGCCUCCUGGACCAGCCCAGCAAGCCCAUCUCCCUACCUGAGGACCUGCCAGGCACAAGCUACAGUUUGAGCCAGCAGUGCGAGCUGGCCUUUGGAGUGGGCUCUAAGCCCUGCCCAUAUAUGCAGUACUGUACAAAGCUGUGGUGUACUGGCAAGGCUAAAGGGCAGAUGGUGUGCCAGACCCGUCACUUCCCCUGGGCAGAUGGCACCAGCUGUGGUGAGGGCAAGUUCUGCCUCAAGGGGACCUGCGUGGAGAGACACAACCCAAACAAGUACCGGGUGGAUGGCUCUUGGGCCAAGUGGGAGCCUUAUGGUCCCUGCUCUCGCACCUGCGGUGGAGGCGUGCAGCUGGCCCGGAGGCAGUGCAGCAACCCCACCCCUGCCAAUGGUGGAAAGUACUGUGAGGGAGUGAGAGUGAAAUACAGAUCUUGCAACCUGGAGCCCUGCCCCAGCUCAGCCUCUGGCAAGAGCUUCCGGGAGGAACAAUGUGAGGCUUUCAAUGGCUACAACCACAGCACCAACCGGCUCACCUUGGCUGUGGCGUGGGUACCCAAGUACUCAGGCGUGUCGCCACGUGACAAGUGCAAGCUCAUCUGCCGAGCCAACGGCACUGGCUACUUCUAUGUGUUAGCACCUAAGGUGGUGGAUGGCACGCUGUGCACUCCUGACUCCACCUCUGUCUGCGUCCAAGGCAAGUGCAUUAAGGCUGGCUGCGACGGGAACCUGGGAUCCAAGAAGAAAUUUGACAAAUGCGGGGUGUGCGGUGGAGACAAUAAGAGCUGCAAGAGGGUGACAGGGCUCUUCACCAAGCCUAUGCACGGCUACAAUUUUGUAGUGGCCAUCCCUGCAGGCGCCUCCAGCAUUGACAUCCGCCAGCGUGGCUACAAGGGCCUCAUUGGGGAUGACAACUACCUGGCCCUGAAGAACAGCCAAGGCAAAUACCUGCUCAAUGGGCACUUUGUGGUCUCUGCUGUAGAGCGCGACCUGGUGGUAAAGGGCAGCCUGCUGCGGUAUAGUGGUACCGGCACUGCAGUGGAGAGCCUGCAGGCCUCGCGACCCAUCCUGGAGCCACUGACCGUGGAGGUGUUGUCUGUGGGGAAGAUGACGCCACCCCGCGUGCGCUACUCUUUCUAUCUGCCCAAAGAGCCUCGGGAGGACAAGUCCUCUCCCCCCAAGGACCCCCAGGGCCCUCCAGUGCUGCGCAACAGUGUUCUCACCCUUUCCAACCAGGUGGAGCAGCCAGACAACAGGCCUCCUGCACGCUGGGUAGCGGGCAGCUGGGGCCCUUGCUCGGUGAGCUGUGGCAGCGGCCUGCAGAAGCGAGCAGUGGACUGCCGGGGUUCCCCAGGGCAGCAAGGAGCCUCUGCUUGCGAUGCAGCCCAUCGGCCAGUGGAGAAGCGAGCCUGUGGGGAACCCUGCCCAACCUGGGAGCUCGGCAACUGGUCACCCUGCUCUAAGAGCUGUGGCCGUGGAUUUAAGAGGCGUCCUCUCAAGUGUGUGGGCCAUGGAGGCAGGCUGCUGCCUCGGGACCAGUGUGACCUACGCCGCAAGCCCCAGGAAUUAGACUUUUGUGUCUUGAGACCCUGUUGAGGGGUACUGUCUAUUGCCCUCCUUUAUUCUCUACCCGCUGUUGUGCUGGUGCUGCAGUCAGCUGGAGCAGAGGACAGUGGCCAGAGGCCUGUGUCCCAGUGUCAUUCACAUCCAGAACAAGGACCAUGGGUCUGGGCGAGAGGUUUCUUCCUCCUUGGACUGAGCAGGGGGGAGCUAACUAAUGCACAGUCUACCUCAUGCCCUGCUCCUCGGGCCCAGUUGUAGGGAGAGGCUUCAAAGAUGGGUGCUGGGCAGAAGGUGCUGAAGCCCAGCUUCCGAGGAACCUGGAAGUUGGGUGGCUUCCAGGCAGAACUUCAGGUACCUUGGCCCCUAUAAUGGAGGCCACAGUCUGCUGGAAGAGCCAUGGCCUGCAGCUUGGUGCCCUCAGGUGAUCCCAAGAGCUCUGAGCUGUCCCUGAAUGAGGCAGGGUUCUCACGGUGCUUUCAGCCUUCAGGGGUUACUAGAAGCCAAAGGGACAAUGAAAUUGGGUUCAUUUGGGUGCAAUUUCCCUGUUUGAGAAGAAGUGGCUAUGUACAGGGAGUUCCAUGUUCUUUCAUCUUGGCCCUCCUUGAAAAACCAGCAUUUUGUAACCUGGAUGGCCAGGGCAUUAGACCAGCUGGAGAAGCACUGAUAUGGCCCCCGAUGCUUUGAAAGCAGCCACAGGGAUCUCUUCUUGGUCAAGAGAGAGCAACUAUUGCAAACAGAUGCUGCCACUUAAAAGUGGAGAUGAUUUGCCGGCUAAAGCAGGGAACACAAAUGUUCUAGAGGGUUCCACUCUCACUGGGUUUAGUAUGGGUGGAUGUUGAGCUGCAGGAUCUUACUUGGAAGACCGUCACUCUGGGAUGGGGAAAAGGAGUUCCAGUGCUUUUCUCAUCUUGAGAGGAAGUGUGAGUGAGGCCGAUUCAAAAGACAGUGUACUGCCCUGGGGGAACUUCCAAAGUGACCAUAGCCCUAUACCUACCCAGUGAGGGGGGAGAGGGUGCGCCUGGGAGGGUGAGAUGCUCAACACCCAUGUACUGGCAAGUCAUUCUUCUCCCCUGGCAACCCCUGCUGUCAUCUGUGGGCAUGCAUCAUCACAUCUCCAAGCCUUCACUUCUCUGGUAGGUAAAUGGGGUUCAUUGUUUGCUACCUCAGAUCAUGCUCUCUAGGACAGAAACAACCUGGUGCUUCCAUCGUACUCAGCUCUCAUCUUCAUAGCUGGAUCUUCCCAGCCAUAGAGAUAGCCUCGCUGUCUGCUGGGGCUCUAAAUACAAAGACAGAGUGUCUUUUGCUUCAGGUUCCCUGGAAUCAGGUUUUAGGAAACAUUAAGAAUUAAUAAUGCCCCGACCUAGGGACACGUGGAAGCCACCAGUACUGGAGACCCAUCUGUCAUUCUUGUAGACAUGACAGUGAAAUAGAAACCCAGGUGUUUCUUACAGCAGGGUAUUUCUUGAAGACCUGGAAGCUCCUCUGUAUAUAGGGCAUCUUCAGAGAUUAGGCAAUGUAUCCCGGACCUCAGUGGAGGACUUGAUAGAGACAAGACCAAAGCUCUUGUCUUCACUGCAGGGGAGGGUGUGUGUGUGUCAGUCCUUUCAUAUGUUCGCUAGUAGCCAAAAUCCACAUACUGGCCAGUAGCAGUCUAGCUUCUAGGGAAGUCCCCAACUUUCCUAAUGCUGAGACCCUUUAAUACAGUUCCUCGCGUUGCAGUGACCCCUCAACCAUGAAAUUAUUUUCAUUGUUACUUCAUAACUGUAAUUUCGCUACUGUUAUGAAUCUUGAUGUAAAUAUCUGUGUUUUCCAAUGGUCUUAGGUGACCCCUGUGAAAGGGUCAUUCGACUCACAAAGGGGUCACGAUUCAUAGGUUGACAACCGCUGCUCUAGGGUGUUAUUAUAGGCCUGGUCUAUCUCUAGGAUGGAGAGCUUGGAUAGAGCUCCUACAGUGGGUGAAGGGCAUGCAACCCUCUGAGGCUGGGCUGGGCUGCAGCUGCCCAUGAAGGAUUGCAUGAGGGGGAAGCAAUGCCUGCUUCAGAGCUGUAGAGACAAAAGGACCCCAGGGCCUGAGGCUGAAGGGGAGCCUUGCUAGCUGAUGAGCACAUGGUGCCCUAUGCUUGGUGCAUCUAUCCCUGAGUAGAGGUGGUGCUGGGGUGUGUAAAAAGGAUAGAGGUAGGGGCAGGUGGGAAGCGAAGUGUCCACAUUGAGGUGCCUGGCCUCUAACAGAAUAGUAUUGCUAUCUGCCAUUUUACAAAUUGUUUGAAGGAGGGAUGGCCACUCUUGUUCCUGACACAUGCCAGGUGUCCACACUCUUUUCUGUCACAGUAGUUUUUAUUUUUGUUUUAAAAUUUCUUCUUUUUAAAAGAAAUAUAGUGAAGACAACGUGGGAUGCUUGUCUUGCCUUUGAACGCUUUCUGUCAACUUUUGCUGAGCAGAGAUGAGGUCAAGGCAUAGGUUUCUUCGGAUGGAAUAGAAAGUCAAAAUGAUAUCUCAUGCCUAUGGAGAAGGGCAUUCUGGGGAUCCAGGAACUUCUUCAUUGGGAUGUGGACCAGUGAGACUUUGGGUUCAGGAUCCCUUAGUCUCCUUUGCCUAUUGUGUGCACUGAUUGGAGGAUUUAGACCCAAACACCCUCUUAUGGACCUCGUUACGUUGGGGAGGGGCCUGGAAGGAGCCCAGCUUGGAAGUCAGCUCCUGGAGACUGUAGACACUGCUGUUGCUGGUGCCCCUCCCCCUCUGGGCUUGCUUCUUUUGCAUUCUGUGUACUGCAGAAGGAUGGGAGUGUCUGGGGACUGGCUGAGCGUGUAUACUGUGUAUACAUGGGAGCUGGCUGCUGAGGUGACAGCGACCUACUCCUAAUAAAGAUGGAUGUAUUUAAAACUUG